AAAUCUAACCGGAACUUUGCUUCUAGCGACAGCCCUGCAGUCCCGUUUGCCUCUGCUUGCUUGUUCCUCAGGGUGGGAGAUCCAGGUGUGUCUGGUGCGGCCGGCGUCACAGGGCGACCUGCGGGUCCCGCAAGAUCUGAAGGAGGAUGCCGGGACAGCUUGGACGCCAGGAAACGGAACUGUUGACAUUCAGUGAUGUGGCCAUAGACUUCUCUCCAGAGGAGUGGGAAUACCUGGACACUGCUCAGCAGAAUUUGUACAGGGAUGUGAUGUUGGAGACCUACAGAAACCUGGUCUCUGUCGGACUAUAUAUUAAAGGAAAUAAUGACCCAUCUUCUGAAUGCCCCAGAGAGACCCACGACUUUGGAUAUAGGAUUGGAUUACGUGUUCAGUCAAAUAUUUCUGAAGACCAGAGAUUUGAAAUUAAGCAGACUAUUUCUAAAUCUGAAGAAUUUGAUCAGCCCUGCAUUAAAACUUUAUUAUUCUUUCACAAACCAAUAAUCCCGUUACAUACCAAAACCAACAACUGUGAUCAGUAUGGUAAGGUUUUUACCCAGUCAUCAUUCCUUAAUCAAUCUCAGGGAAUAGAUAAAUUGGAAAAACAUGACAUAUCUUGUAAAACUUUCAUGUCCUUUAUCGAGAACUCUACCCUAAAUAAUUACCAGGGUAUUCAUUUUGAUGAGAGAACAUAUCAAUGCAAUAAACCUGAACAAACCGUGAACCAAGUCUCAUUCUCUAGUAAAUAUAAGAAAGCUCAAUAUCCAGAGAUCCAGUACAAGUCUAACAAAUACCAGAAAGUCUGUCUCCAACAUUUCAAGCUUAUUACCCAUGAGGAUACCCAUAUUCAGGACUAUUCCUACAAAUGUAAUGAACGUGUAGAAGCUUUUGCCCAGUCAGGAAAACAUUCUCAAAAUCAGGGAAUUCCUUUUGGAGAAAACUCACAUAGACAUUAUAAAGGUGUGAAACUCUUCAGUCAGUCGUCCAAUGUAGGAACACGUGACACAAUUUAUACUAAAGAAAACCUCUACAAAUCUAAAGAAUGCAGCAAAACUAUUAACCAGAGUUCACAGCUUAAAAAUGAGAAAAUUUGUACUCAGGAGAAAUCCUACAAAUGUAAACAAUGUGGCAAAGCCUUUACUCAGUUUUCACUUCUUCAAGAACAUCAAAUAAUCCAUAUUAGGGAAGAACCCUACAAAUGGCAACAAUGUGGCAAAGCUUUUACCCAUUUUGCAAGCCUUGGGAUCCAUCAGGUGGUUCAACUGAAAGAAAAAUCGCACAAAUGUAAAACUUGCGGUAAAUCCUUCAACUUUCGUUCAUAUCUUAUUAAACAUGAGAGAAUUCAUACUGGAGAGAAACCCUACAAAUGUAAAGAAUGUGGCAAAGCCUUUACUCAGUUUUCAAGUCUUAGACACCAUCAGAAAAUUCAUACUGGAGAAAAACCGUACAAAUGUGAAGAAUGUGGCAAAGCCUUUACCAUGUCAACAAGCCUUAUAAUACAUCAGGUAGUUCAUACAGGAGAAAAACCCUACAAAUGUGAAGAAUGUGGCAAAGCCUUUACCGUGUCAGCAAGCCUUAGAAAACAUCAGAUAAUUCACACUGCAGAGAAACCCCACAAAUGCAAAGAAUGUGGCAUAUCCUUUACACAGUCAGUAAGCCUUAGACAACAUCAGGGAAUUCAUACUGGGAAAAAGCCCUACAAAUGUGAAGAAUGUGGAAAAGCCUUUACGUGGGUGGCAAGCCUUAGAGUACAUCAGAGGCGUCAUACUGGAGAAAAACCCUACAAAUGUGAAGAAUGCGGCAUGUCUUUUACUGAGUCAGGAAGCCUUAGAAAACAUCAGGCAGUUCAUACUGGAGAGAAGCCCUGCAAAUGCAAAGAAUGUGGCAAAGCCUUUACUCAGCUUUCAAAUCUUAGGCGACAUCAGAUGAUUCACAGUGGAGUGAAACCUUACAAAUGUAAUGAAUGUGGUAAGUCCUUUAGACAUAGUUCAUACUUUACUCAACAUCAGAGAAUUCAUACAGGAGAAAAACCCUACACUUGUAAGGAAUGUGGCAAAGCUUUUAGUCAGUAUUCAAGUUUUAUACACCAUCAAAAGCUUCAUACUGGAGAGAAACCCUACAAAUGUAAAGAAUGUGAUAAAUCCUUUACCCAGAGUUCACAACUUACUGAACAUCAGAGAAUUCAUACUGGAGAAAAACCCUACAAAUGUAAAGAAUGUGGCAAAGCCUUUUCCCAGUCAGCAAGCCUUAGACAACAUCAGAUAAUUCAUACUGGAGAGAAACCCUACAAAUGUAAAGAAUGUGGCAAAGCCUUUACCCAGUCAGUAAGCCAUAGACUACAUCAGGUAAUUCAUACUGGAGAGAAAGCUUACAAAUGUAAAGAAUGUGGCAAGGCGUUUACACGAGUGGCAAACCUUAGAAUCCAUCAGAGACUUCAUACAGGAGAAAAACCCUACAAAUGUGAAGAAUGCGGCAUGUCUUUUACCCAGUCAAGUUGCCUUAGAAAACAUCAGGCAGUUCAUACUGGAGAGAAGCCCUGCAAAUGCAAAGAAUGCGGCAAAGCGUUUACUCAGCUUUCCAAUCUUAGACGACAUCAGAGAAUUCACAGUGGAGAGAAACCUUACAAAUGUAAUGAAUGUGGUAAAUCUUUUAGACACAGUUCAUACUUUACUCAACAUCAGAGAAUUCAUACCGGAGAGAAACCCUACACAUGUGAAGAAUGUGGCAAAGCUUUUACUCAGUUUUCAAGUCUUAGACACCAUCGAAAAAUUCAUACUGGAGAGAAACCCUACAAAUGUGACGAAUGUGGUAAAUCUUUUACCCAUAGUUCACAACUUGCUCAACAUCAGAGAAUUCAUACUAGAGAAAAACCCUACACGUGUGAAGAAUGUGGCAAAGCCUUUUCGCAGUUUUCAAGUCUUAGACACCAUCAAAAAAUUCAUACUGGAGAGAAACCCUACCAAUGUAAAGAAUGUGGAAAAUUCUUUACCCAUAGUUCACAACUUACUCGACACCAGGGAAUUCAUACGGGAGAGAAUCCCUACAAAUGUGAAAAAUGUGGCAAAGCCUUUAACUGCCAUUCAAGCCUUACUCAACAUCAUAGGAUUCAUACUGGAGAAAAACCUUACAGAUGUGAACAAUGUGGCAAAGCCUUUAACCGUAAAUCACACCUUACUCAACAUCAGAGAAUUCAUAACACGGAAACUGUAUAGACAUAAUACAUGUAAAAAGGACUUUAUCCUAAAUAAACAACUUGGAAGUUACCAGAGUGUCCAUAAGAAAAGAAAUUUUACAUGUGCAAUAAAUGUGUAGAAGUAUUUAAUCAAAACUUACAUCCAAGUAUAUCAGUGGAUUCACAAAGGUAAAAACUAAAGCACACUUUCAGAUUUUACACUAACCCAGAAUAUUGUAGAGAAAUUUAAGUUGAAGUACUUAGAUAAUUUAUCUGUUCAUGUUGUUCAAAAGAGCAAGAACAGGCCAGGCACGGUGGCUCACGCCUGUAAUCCUAGCACUCUGGGAGGCCAAGGCAGGCGGAUUGCUCAAG